GGGGGGGGGGGGGGGAAGAUGGCGGCCCCGCCCCGCGCAGGCGCAGUUGCGCUCGGCGCAGCGCUGUCAUGGCGGAGAAGGUGCAGAAGAGCGUGAAGAUCGCCCCGGGGGCCGUGGUGUGCGUGGAGAGCGAGAUCCGCGGGGACGUGACCAUCGGACCCAGGACCGUCAUCCACCCCAAGGCCAGGAUCAUCGCCGAAGCGGGACCCAUCGUCAUCGGGGAGGGCAACCUGAUCGAGGAGCAGGCCCUCAUCAUCAACGGGUAUCCGGAAAAUAUCACGCCAGAAACUGAAGAGGUGGAGCCCAAACCGAUGGUCAUUGGCACCAACAACGUGUUUGAGGUUGGGUGUUACUCCCAAGCGAUGAAGGUGGGAGAUAACAACGUCAUCGAAUCCAAAGCAUUUGUCGGCAGGAACGUGAUCCUGACGAGUGGCUGCAUCAUUGGGGCCUGCUGCAACAUCAACACCUACGAGGUGAUCCCUGAAAACACCGUCAUCUACGGGGCUGACUGCCUCCGCCGCGUCCAGACCGAGCGGCCGCAGCCCCAGACGCUGCAGCUGGACUUCCUGAUGAAGAUCUUGCCCAACUACCAUCACCUGAAGAAGACGGUGAAGGCCACAUCCACUCCUGUCAAGAGCUGAGCAUCUUCUGCCGCCGGGGCUUUCGUCUGCUCCUGUGAAGCACUGCACGGUCCCGGGAAGCGGCCGGUCCCCGCGUCCCUCAUUCCGUCUUUAAAAAGAAUAAUAACCUUGCUGAUUUGUGUCCUUUAUUUAUACUCCACCGAGCGUCUCGGACCAGCUUUUCAUCCGUCGUGUCUUGCGCGCCAACCCUAUUGUACGUGCUUUGUUUUGGGGAAUAAAAUGUCACCUGCUUUUUC